ACACAUUUUUCGAUUCUUCAAAAGAAAUUUAUUUCUGUGAGAAAAUGCUUAAAAUGGGAAAGAAAACAGAUGUUGAAAAUAGCGAAAAUACUCCAAAACCAGAUAAUAAAGUGAAUGUAGUGGCACAGGAGUUGAAAUUUGCAAAGAUGUUGGCCUCUAAUGAUGUAAAGAUUAGAAACAGUGUUUUAAAGAGCCUUAAAAAAUGGUUAAACACACGCUCGCAAAGCUCUUAUCAAUUUACAAACAAAGAUUUUCUACGCUUAUGGAAAGGACUUUACUACUGCAUGUGGAUGUCAGAUAAGCCACUGGUUCAAGAAGAACUAACAGAGGAUCUCGGCUCACUCAUACACUGCUUUCCAGAUGCCAAGGUCGGAAUUCAAUUUUAUCGUAACUUCCUGGAAACAAUGUGUUUGGAAUGGUUUGGCAUUGACCAAUGGCGAAUUGAUAAGUUCAUGAUGUUGGUUCGCCGUGUCACACGUCAGACAAUUUUUUCACUGAAGAAUUCAGAAUGGGAUGAAGAGCUUCUUAAGUUGUUUGGUGAUUCGCUUGCUACCACUGUGUUCCAGACAAAUAAAUGUCCAAAAGGACUUAUUAUGCAUAUUUGUGAUUUUUAUAUUGAAGAAAUUGCUAAAGUUUCUGAUGGCGAACUUAUUGAAGAGCGUGUUUAUCAACUUUUAGAACCUUUCUUGCUGUACUAUACAAAACUCAACGAUCAUAUCUUGUUGCAACAUGUUGAGAAGACGAUUUUCCAUCAACUUUUGUUCCAAAGUGAAUUGGGUCAAGAAUAUCAAGAAAAGUUUGAAAUAUGGAAACAAGCAAACUUCCCAACAUCCUCCAUUGAUGAUCUUGAAGUGAAAUAUAAAGUUCGCGGCAAUAAAAGCGUUAACAAUGAUGACUUAAGUGAUGGACAAGAAGAUGAUGAAGAAGAACGUGCACUUGAUCCUCGUGCAGGUCGCGUUGAUGUUGUUUUAUCUGAAAUUAAGUUUGAUGCUUCUAAAAUCGCAGAAACUAUGGAAACAUUUCGUUACAAAUCGUUUGCAACCAGUAAAAGUCGAAAAGGUUUAGCAAGAAUGGCUUUGAAAUUUCGCAACUUUUUGGAAGAUAUUUUUCCUUUGGGAAUCAGUCACGUACCACAAGAAAACGAGGAAAUUGAUUCGGACAUUGAUUUGGAUUUAAAAGCUAUGGAACUUGCAGAAUUUGAGAAGAAACUUGCAAUUGGUGAUGUUGAUUCAGAUGGAUCAGAUUUCGAUGAAGAUUUAGAUAAUCGAAAGCAUGGGAAGUUGAAGCGGAAAAGCAAAGAUGCAUCAACCAAAAUUAAGGACAAGAAACAAAAAUUAUCAAAGCUUCACAAUGAGAGAUUUUUAAAAGAGUCAACAGACGAUUUUACACAAGAUAAUGGUCAACAAGAUGACGAAGAAGAAGAAGUAGAAAAGCCAUCAAUAAUUUGCACGGAAACAAAAAUAAAAAAGAAGAAAAAAGCGGAGAUCGACGAAGCAUCCGAAGGUCAAUCACGGAAAAUUAAAAUAAAAAAGCGUAAGUCACUUCCAGUUGACGUAAAGUUAUCAUCAGAAAAGCGUUCUUUAUCAACUGAGAAGCCAUCGAAAGCUUUAAAAUCGCACAAAAAUUCAUCACCGUCGUCAUCAGGAUCAUCACAAACAUUUGAGGUGAGCGAUGAAUGGUCAGAACCGUUAAAAGAAGGCGAAACUGAAUAUUUUGUAACACCAAGAAAGCAAAAGUUGAAAGGUCUCCAACAGAUUGAGUCAAAAGUUUCAAAGAAUGAAGAAAACUCAACAAGUUUGGUACUUAAUCCAUUUGCUAAACAUACCGGUGUUGUAAAGAAACAAAAGGAGAGUAAAUCAUCAUCAUCGUCAGUAACAACAACACCACGCAUUCAAAUGUCGCAGCCUAGCACCAGCGGAAGUUCUGGUAAGCGUGUUAUCAUUGCUUUAAACAAAAACAAAGCACAAAGUGAACAUGAAUACAUCAAACAGGUGAUGUCGUCUCCAAACUUGCCAUUCGAUUCAAGUAAGAAGCCGGUCAAGAGUUUGCUCAAGCCAAAUGUCAUCCCAAGCCCCAUAAAUCCCUUUUAUCAGAAGAAGAUUGGCUUGAAACUUAGUUUCAACGAUACGAUGUAAUCGUCGCAGACCAGAUCACAAAAAUUUCCUCUCAGCGGAUGUUAUUUAAGCUUAAUUUACUUAGUUAUUUGUCACACGCCAUUCUCAUACGAGAAUUUGGCUAAUUAAUUAGAAAGAAGUAAAAAGACUAUCAAAAUUUUUUGUUUCCUAAGGAGUAAGGAAAGCAAUAAUUAACAGAAGUGUUUAAAGAAAACAAAACCAAGAAAGAUCGAACCACUUUUUAUGAAAAUUUACAAAUAUUUUUCUAUAAUUCGGCGAAGCAUAAAUUUUUUAAAAGGAAACUGUAAUAAUGUACGUAGAUAACAGUUUCAAAAAAUGAAACCAACGUUUAUUUAAAAUUUAUUAAGUAGGUAAUAAGAAAUAUCUAAGGACGAAGUAAGGAGCUGUUAUCUUAUCAAGAACAUGCAAAAUGCAUAAACUUAUUUCGAUUAAGUUUAUAAGAGUUAAUUAAUUUUCUAUUUAAUAUCGAUGAAAGAUUUUCUCCUGGAAACUUUUUGUUCUUAAGAAGUACAAACAAACAUUACAAACAAUUGUCUUUACAUAAAAGAUACCUAUUUGAAAUUUAUGAUUUGAAGAGUUUUUUUGUACUUCUUUAUUUUGUUCUUCUAAUGAAAUCGUGUUUAAAAUCAAAAUCAAAAUUCAACAAGCAUCAAAAAAAGAAUAAAAUUAAUCUGUGAGAACAUUUUUUUUUAUUUUUGAUUUCUGUAAAUGGGCGAUUACUAAGCUUACUCAAAUAAAGUUUCUUAAUGAACCAAAU